AAAGUUUGGCUUAUUACAAAGCGCUCUGAAAAGGAAUAAGAAGAAACUCCUAAAUUAAACCUUUUCAUUAUACUGGGAAUGCGUGUUGGCUCAUCUCUGUUAUAUCCUACAAAUAAACAUCGUCGGUUACRGCAAAUAACGGUUUAUAUUUUUUGAUUGAGGAGGCGAUUAAAAGCCCCUUUUAGGAUUCUUCCCUUGUACUGGUUUCAGCAUCGUCAUCACCAAAUUCAACCGUUUGGACGUAAAACAAGAAAGAAGGAAGUCCUUGACGCAAAUGCUUUGCAUGUUUAAACAUGGCUAGUUCAACACCGAAUUUCGAGAGAAGCAUUUCGCUUAACGAUCUGGAUUCGUCUCUAAGAGUGAGGGAGCUCAUCAAAGGGGACAUUGUCUCUCCAGAAGAUGAGACGAAACAUUGCCACCUCGGACACUCGAGCGAAUACACCUUCGUUCUCAGAAGCUUCAAAGACCUGACCUUGGAUUUCAAGAAGUUUCUCUACAGUUAUCUUCUAGAUGUGCUAAUCUAUAAAGAAUUGGAGGAGAAUAAGAUGCUGAAUUGGUGCCCAUCGCUUUUUCCAUUGGUUCCUGUGUUAACUCUGGGAGAUGGCAAUUGUUUAAUGCACGCUGCCUCGAUUGGAAUGUGGGCUGUCAAUGAUCGAUACCAUACACUACGAAAGAUGGUUUACGAUGCUCUCUUGGAGGACACAGAGGGCAUAUUCCACAAGCGCUGGCAAAGAGAGCAAGAAAUGUUAAACCUGAGGACGUAUGGUUACAGCAUGACUGAACAGCAAUGGGAUAGAGAAUGGGAAAUAGUGCUGCAAUUGGUAUCUCAGGAAGAAUACCCCAUAGGGCAUAAUGGCAUGCAGUACGGCAGUCUUGAGGAGAUUCAUAUUUUUGUUCUUGCCAAUGUCCUCAGGCGGACAAUCAUUGUGGUUUCAACUGACACUCUUCGAGGGAACUAUGAUGAAUCCCUCUCACCGGUAAAUUUCGCUGGGAUUUAUCUGCCGUUAAAUUGGGACCCGGUUGAUUGUGUCAAGACCCCCUUGGUCAUUGGAUUUGCACAAGGGCAUUUCACAGCAAUAGUGAGCUUUGAAGAUGGAGUCUUUGACCAAGGCGAAGUAAUGGAUGGUUUUAAUCAAAUGUCAGAGAAAAUCCAUGGAGUUCCUCUUCAAAAACAUGAUGGUACUCCACUACCAAUUCAUUUUUUAUUUGCAAAUGAGGAAGAAUUGACUGAUGGACUUCUACGACAGUAUCUGGAUUGCAAAAAACUCACGUACAAGGAUCCUGAGGAAGGAAGCUUGGCUGUGACCUUAGCUGCAAAGAUGCACUUUGUAUCACCGCCUGCUCCUAUCAAGACACUCGUGGAAGGUUUUUUCACACGUGCAAGGGAAACCUAUCUACACRUGGUUCAAACGAAAGAACACCAAGCUGCUGGUGGUGAAACUCCUUUUCAUGAUCUGAAACCAUGUAGAACCGAAGGAUGUGAGUUUUUUGGGACUCCUGAAACGUCGUUCAUGUGUUCAGGGUGUCUGGAAAAGUAUUUAAAGAAUGAUGGAAAACAAGCAGCUCUGGUGGCUCACAAUAUGGAAACUGCUUUGAGAGAAGAGAAUGCCCCUUGGAGAAAUACUGGUGCCAGUGCUGGAAUCAAAAAAGAGGCGUUCGUUUUACCUAGUAAUACUCUUAGGGAAGAGGUUCCCCAAAGAACAGAUGAGAAACAGCAGCGACAAAUGAUGGAAGUGAUACAACAGCAACAGGAACAACAACAACGGCAACAAACAAUGAACCAAGAUCAACAACCAAUUGGCGUUAUUCAACAACAGCAACAACGUGAAUUUGAACUAAUAGAACAGCAACGACAGCAGGAACUGCGAGAAAAACAACAAGAGCAGGAACAACAACGGCAGCAGCAGCAGAAUCAAGAGUUUGAACAACAAAURCGACAACAACAACAACGUGAAUUUGAGCUUAUGGAACAACAACGACAGCCGCUGCAGCGACAACAACAAACAAAGGAGCUUGCAAAACAGCAGCAACAAAAGCAAAUGGCACAGCAAGUGCAAUGCAUAACAAAUGGCUGUAAAUACAAAGGAAAUGUAGAAACUGGAAACUUGUGUUUCCGAUGCCACGACGCAGAGAUGGAAGCUGAACGACAAACAGCAAGCAUAAUAUCCAUGAACAUCCAAGCCAAACCGUGUGCAAACAGCAGUAAUGGCUGCCAGUUCUUCGGUCUACCUCAUCAAGAGGACUUCUGCUCAAGAUGUUACAGAAGCUUCUGUCUAGAGAUGGAGUCCUUCGCUGCAGAAAGAAAUGUUGAAGUUCCUYCUCGAAGCGAAGCUGUGUCGCCGCCACCUGCGGCCAAUGCUUGUCAGACUAUUGGGUGUCCAAAUCCUGCGUGUCCAGAACUGUAUGGUAGAUGUGUGCAGUGUUACAGUCGGUGUAUCAAAGACUUCAUUUCAUCAUACGAUGGAUUACCUCUUGGAAACACAGCACAUAUUCCACCAUCUUCCCAGCCUGCAGAAUCUCAACCUUCAACAUCCUCACGGCCAUUAACGUCUUCCCAACCUUCACCACAGGCUUCAUUACCUCAAACCUCUCCCCAACCGCAGUUUUCAUCGCCCGCGCAUCUUGGUCAAACCUCGGCAAACCAGGGAUCUCUUUGCGUCGUAGCGUGUUGUCAAAACAAAGGGGUUCCCUCUUAUGGAGGUCGUUGUACCGAGUGCUAUAAUAUAAGACCCAUGAACGCCGAACACUUUGUUACCGUGGCAAAAACAAAAGAAAUGAAGGUGUCGCCAAACACAAAGCCAACUGCGCCUGCUCCGACAGUUGCCGCUGGCCUUCCCUGUGGUGAGCCCGCUGAUGACAAAGAAAAUAAUCGAUUAUUCUGCACAACACCAAAGUGUAAUAAUCCUGUGAAUGAACAUAGUUUGUGUACGAAGUGUAUUAUGACUCGUUAUCAACAAGCAACGGAAAACGUCCCACAACAACUUCACCGUCCUUCUCCUCCUUCGUCCGGUGAGCYUGGAUCCAGAACAAUGGAACAGCUGUCAAGAGAAAGGCUAGAGGCUGGUCUAGGCGCAGCUGGUUUUGGAACCGAAAAAGUCGAGCAGAAUCAAGUACCAGGCAGUGCUUCAGAGGAACGUCGAAAAGCAACUGCGCUUGCUCGUCAGAAACUCCCGCCACUUCAAAUGCCCCCCUCCUCUGCUAAAACAGGUUUGAAUCCUCAGCCAGGUAAUCCUGCAUCAGUCAAUUCUCCUGGCGCCAAUAUCCAGUGUAUUGCUCCUAAUUGUACGUUCUAUGGGAACGCUGAGCACAGCUACUACUGUUCGAGAUGCUACGAGAAGAACAGAGAAGAAUGGAAGAAAAUCAGUAAUUAUACACAAGCGAGACGCUCGGCACACAAUGAUCAUCUUGUCCAACUGUCGCUAUCGCGGACUCUCAAGCCAAACAAGAUUAAAAAAUGCGCAUUGACGUACUGCURUAAUGUGGAAACCCCCGGUAAUAAUGGACUGUGCGAUAGAUGCUAUAGGACUGCCAUCACCACGGAAAAGGAAUGGCAAUUAACGAAUAGGGCCCUCAUUGAGUCACAGCAGCACCAACGAGAUCAGCUAAGCCUCUCAAGAAAGGGUUUAUCGACGCUGGUGCCCCAUGCAAGACGCAAGGAUGCUUAAAGUUUGGCACCCCUGCACAACAAGGCCUCUGCGUUCCUUGUUACGAGAAGCUACAAAAAACCCAAUCUAUUGGGACAUUCACUUCCGCUUCCGGUUCACCUAGUGUAUCUGUAUGCGUGGCCCAACAAAGAACGUCCCAGCCUACCAAUUGGCCAAAGGGACCAUUUAUGCAGAMAYCUGGGGUCACCACCACGUUUAGUGCCCAGGAUCCGAUUACUGCGACACAGCAAAGCACCUCUCAUUUUGGCGCUAGGAUGAGCAACCGCUGUGAGGCAGAAGGCUGUAAGAUGACCGGAGCGCCURAAUAUGGUGGAUACUGCUCACAGUGUUUUGCAGAGUACACUAGACAAUCCAGUUAUCCAGAGUCCGUACCAGACGUGAAAGAUUCCCCGAAGGUUCAGGCACAGAUCCCACCAACCACCUUGUCUCUGAACAAUUCAAACCUAACGAACACGGCUACCACCUCAACAACCACGGUCACUGGGGGUCUGACCACGCUGGAACCAGGUACYCCACGAGUAUGCGCCAUAGAAGGAUGCGAAAACUUYGUAAYYCCUAAAACUAUGAACCASUGUAGAGACUGCUUAGCGAAAUAUYAUUCAAAAUUUUCAAAAAAGCCAUAAAAAGUUUGGAAAACCCGGGGGAUCGAGAGACCAAGCSAAGUAUAGAUCCUUUGGAUUAAUUCCUAGAGCAGCUUAAUUUGGAGGGAUAAAACAAUGGAUCUUUGAUUCUCAUGAUAGUACAAUUUCUAAUUUUUAGUCCUCUGAAUUGACUAGCUGUUUGGGGAAUUGAUGCAAGGGUUUUUUUUAUUUCAAACUGGGUCCAAGAAGCAAUUAUAUCAUUUUACAAAUUUGAAUGAUGUGAUUCACCCGGCAGCUCUUUAAAAAACGACUUUCUAAAGUAUUAAGCUUUUUAUUGCACAUCAAGUCAAAGUAAACGAGCAAUCAUAAUCAGUGCAUUACAGUAGAAUAUACACUAGUGGGCUGUCGAAGAUGUACCCUUCGAUUUUACACUUAUUAGAUGAGGUUGAGCAUGCAAUGAUAGAAACAUGAAUAAUUGUCAAUAAUAGCUCUCUAUCUUUGCAAGCUCAAUGGCACGGCUACAUUUCAAGCUGGCGCGGGGAACUGAAACGAACUAUUUUUCUUUCAAAGAGAGACUUAUUUCAAUYUGCAUUGUAACCUUAAAUAAACUUAAAGUGCUUAUAAGCCUUUACACAAUAUUUUCAGAAUUGAUUCUUUAAAUAGUGAAUAGUUGAUUGUGAAAAUAAUUCGUCAUUUGAAUGUCGGGUCUUUGAG